AGAGAGAGAGAGAGAGCGUCUCUCGUUCUCCGUCCACCUCCUCCGGCUACGGAACAAUGCGAGCUCGAAAACACCUCCGCAAAGCUUCGGACGACGACGUCACGCGCCGCAACGACACGAGCAACCGCGGGGAGCCGCCUCAAGACGAUCACGAAUUUCAGCGGAGCUCUUCAUCCAGGGACUUGGGCAAGGACGGUUAUGUUCAGGUGAAAUUGGCUGAAAUAAGGGAAAAAGUGCAAUGCCCAAUCUGUCUAGGAAUCAUACGGAAGACAAGUGCAGUGAUGGAAUGCUUGCACCGUUUCUGCCAAGAAUGCAUUGCCAAACAUAUGCUGCUCAGGAGUAAUGAAUGCCCUGCUUGCCAUGCACAUUGUGGCCGUAAUUCUCUCCGUGCUGAUCCAAGAUAUGAUGCUCUGAUAGAAGCAUUUUAUCCUGAUGUUGGCAAGUCUAAGGAAGAAAAUCACUCAAAAAAACCAGGUGAGAUUUUUUCAUUUAUGCGCAUGGUGAGGGUUGAAGUUGAGGGGAAGCUUGUGAAUGACUUGGAUGUUGAUGCUACUUAAUGGACAUCUGAUCAGAUCAAUCCCAUUAUUCUGCAAACUCUGCUGGAAAUUAAGGAGAAACAGACUAUUCUGAAGGAAAGCAGUUAGAAUUCAAAAGGAGCAGUUACAGGGGAGAUUGAAGAAAGUAGAACAUGCAGUGGCCAACCUGAACUACUAUCACCUUAUUCAUGUUCCUGCUGCUGAACCCACUUCACCAAUCUCUCUGGUCACAAGCCCAAAUCAACCAUCCUCCUCCAAAUAAACUAUUCAAAUGUUUUUGCAGUUAAUGUCUUUUGAGCGUGGAUUGACUUUUGUGUUUUUCUCAUCGACUCUUGGUUUGGUUUGGUCAACGAAGAUGCUGACCGCACUGCUCAAGAAAGGGAUCUUGAGAAGCAACUUGCCGAAAUUAGACAUCGGAAGAAGCUCAUAAGGAUCACUGCUCUACUUUGCGAGGCUCUGGAGAGAAAUCUUGAUGAUGGUGAAGCAUAGUUAUAAGAACGGGAUCAGUCUAACAAAAAGGCGGCUAGGCAAAGACAUACCAAGGGCCAAAUGGUGCUCCAAAAUAGCUAUCUGGAGCGUGAUAUGUCUAUACCUCGAAGAGGGACGUGA